UGUGAAGUCAAAUUGACCUACCGCAUUCGGGCUGUCCUUGACCAUGUGCGAGGAAAUGACGCCAUUUAGCCACUUUGAUGCCUCGAGGCGUACAUGGGGCGCUGGUAACCCGGGUUAAAGUUCCUACGCUCACGUUUUUGCGCGUUUUAGGAAAUACGCCGCCAUAGACAAAGCUGAGCCCAAUAUGCAUCCUUUCUCCCUCCUCUCUUCCAGGUAGACGCAUCUGGCAUUCCUUGUAAACUCGCGUUCACACUUCUUCUUGUUGAAAAACACGCUUCUAUGGCUCCUAUUCGUUCGACUACGUCCAUUCGAUCCGAACGUUUGUCCCAGGAGGUGGUCGUCGCGGGCGACGCGGUCGGUAGAGGCUUGCUGGUGUCGAGCAUCGUCGAUGCUAUACUGCAGUCUGGUUUCACGCUGCGGGAACGUUCGCGCUUGAAAGCGUCUCGCCGUAAACACAAAGUUUCUCGUCUUUCUACACCUGCCCAUAUCCCCCGUCCCCCCAACCCAUUCUUCUUGUUUCGCUCCGAGUGUACUCAAGAACUGAACACUCGAUUCCCAGACAAGGCAUAUACCUCCAAUGACUUUAGCACUCACGUCGGGAGGCACUGGAAAUCAUUGACAGAGAAGCAAAAGGAGGUGUACGGAGAGUUGGCCCGCGAAGCGGAGAAGAAACAUCAGGAACUGUACCCCGGCUACAAGUACCAUCCCGAGUCGGGGAAGAGGAAGCAGAAACGCGGGAAAGGCAAGAAGGAUGCGGAAGAGGGGACCGUGACCGUAGCCCUGGAGGCUAACUUCGUUCCUUACAUCCCACCUACUCCUGUGACCCGCGAGCCAGAGUUCACGGUAGCUCCAAUCGCUAUUCCAGUCCUUGUAUGGCCCAUACAGGGUGUAGAGGCACGCCUUGAUAGUGCUCCACCUCCCUCGCACCUCAUUCCACCCGUAGCUCAGUACGACUUCGCUGACGGGACUGCUUUGCCUCCCCACUACUUGCUGAGUGGCCCUCAGGCUAGCUUCAAAGCAAGCGUCGACCCUUCAAAUAUUCUUUGGGGGCCCCCGACCGAUAUUUCUGUUGCCGACAGUUUUCUUUCCUUUGGGACCGAGGAAUUCACAUCGGACUUUGGCAACUUGGACGAUAUCGCGCCCCUACCAGAAAUUAAUGACGAUGACGACGCUUCGGGAUGGGUGGACGAUAUUGUGAACUUCAACAUGUUUAUGCACUGACAAGAAACGAAAUGUACCAAGAAAUCUCUCCGUAUUUAUUAUCUCUAUGCUGUAUCCAUAGUUAGUUAGUUAGUUCUCUCUCUUAUCCUUCUCUUACUAACCACAAAUACUCAAAAAAAAGGUAUCUAUAGUUGAUCUAUAGCGAUAAUUAUAAUAAAAUGGUAUCAGCG